AACGAAAAAUCGAAUCAAAAACCUCACGUCAAACAUGAUACAUCGAAUUUGUUGAACAUCGAAGCGUGAGAACAGUUAUGUAAUAUUUAUUAUUUUACGUUGUUUUGAAAUUAUAAAAAUGGCUAAACAAUUCUCAUCAACAUGCUACAAAUUAUAUCAAUUCCAGACCGUCGAUGUUUAAAGAAAAGUCUCUUAUUAUCACUUCUUACUUCAGCGCAUAUUUUAAACAGUGUUUCCGAAGGCAGGUAUACCAUGGAUGCCUGGGAAAAACCAUUUGUAGGUCGCUCUUUUAGCAUGUCUCAAGCGUCCUGUAAUCAAUACGCGAGCGAAUCUAAAAAAGCCGUCGAAUUUUUUCGAUCCUGGCUGCAAACGCAUGAAGAAGCUCAGAUAAUGGUGGGCAGUGUGCUGAUCGUAUUCGGGCUAUGGUGGCUGGCCCGCACGCUGUUCGCUCUUGUCGUCAACCUACUCUGUCCACUUCUGUUUGUCCUGCUUGCUGUUAUUUGCGUGCCACAGCUUCGAGUAUCUCUCUUGGGUCAUAAUUAUCCAGUAGUUGCGAAUUUGUUGCGAAGUAUUUUACUCAAAAUGGCCGAUAGUCUCAGUACCACUGCCUAGCUUGUUCACGUAAUAAAUUUCAGUUUUUAAAUAUGUU